UCCUACCCCAUAAACCAACCCAAAGUCCAACCAACACGCCCAGCGCAACCCCCGACAAAGUAACAGAAGAGCCCGCGCUAGCCGUGCUCGGUAAGCGAAAUCCCACAGAAAACCAGCCCUAGCCGAACCUGCCUUGGGGGACUCUGGCCUUCCGCUCCGUUCAGUGAUAACCUCACCCGCCAACUCCUCGUCAACCGUCUGUUAGUUGCGACAAAUCCGACAAGAUGGCGAAGUCCAAGAACGCGUCCCAGCACCACAACAGCCAGAAGGCUCACCGUAACGGUAUCAAGAAGCCCAAGUCUCACCGUUACCCCUCCCUCAAGGGUGUUGACCCCAAGUUCCGCCGCAACCACAGAUACGCUCUUCACGGAACCAUGAAGGCCCUGGUACGUUCGCCUGCACCUAUCCAUCCAUCCAACAUACAGCCUCCACCUCCACCCCCGAAGGAACCAACACUAACAACCACACAGAAGGAGCGCAAGGAGGGCAAGCGCGAGGUCGCCUAAAUUCACUCUUCCAACUAAUAUAGAAACGUUUUA